AUGGAGCCCACCAGCCCGGCAUCACCAUCAGCCUGGAAGCAUAGAACAGAGAGGUACGGCGACGUCUUCCGCCAGGAAGUUCGGCAGGUGAUGUCGCGUGUGACUGACGGCGCCCAGGUUGUUCACACCUUCAGGAGCGGCCUUGCCGAGCCACUCAACGAGCUCGACUCCUACAGGAAGGCUGCCAUGACUUUGAACGAGGCGAUUCGUUUGCGUGGCUUCCAGCAGCCUCCAACCAAUCCGGCCGCCUGGUAUGCCUACAAGCACAAAACCCGGUUGGAGAAGUGGGCAGCGCCUGCAAUCUGGACGUUGCUCCUGCUGGGCGUUGUCGAGACUCCGCUGUGGUGCAACAGCAAGCUCGGUUCCACAGGAGGUUCUUGCCCGGCUGGGGAAAGCCCCGAAUUCCUCCUCAGCGGUUUGCUAUACCUUCCUGUCGCGUGGGCUGUGGGUGUCGAGCUGUUUAUCCUGACCUUCCUCUUGGUGCACUUCGUGGUACAUCUCCGGCUGUUCAGCGCGAUGAAGGGCUACGGCCAUGCCACAACAGCAGGCAAAUUGCUCGUCGAGGGAGCGUUGAUCGCUUUAAGUUACGUGGACUUGGCUUCCUUUGUCGCCGGCUCGACGAUGCGCGUUGCGCCAGUCCUUAGAUUCGGCCUCGCUGCAUGUGCAGUGCCACGACUGCAGGAGUUGCUGCUGUCCUUCAUUCGGACAACAAAAGCCGUGAGCAAGGUUGGCAUGUUUCUGGUCUACACGGUGCUCCUCUUUGCUUUCGUGACUGCUUCCACCUUUGAUGAUGUCGAGGACAAUGAUCCAUUUGGCACUCCUGCGAAUACAGGCUUUACGUCGUUCAGCAGCGCGGUGUACACGUGCUUCGCAGCUCUGACAACAGCAACACUGCCGGAUGCACUGGUGCCAACAUACAGCACAGAGCGGAUGUAUGCUUUGAUCUGGAUACCCUUCAUCUUCAUGGGGUCCGUGCUCCUGAAGCAGGUAAUCCUGGCUGGUGUCUAUACCGACUACAGCCAGAAUGCCAAGAUCAAUUUGAUGGAAGGUCGCAAGCUUCGACAAUCCGGCAUCGAGUCCGCCUUUGCCCUGCUGAAGACAGCAAAGGAAGAGAAGGGCGCUGCCGUGAGGUUUAAUGAUUUCGAGAAGCUGGUGGACGCCAUGAGUGUGCUGCUCGACGGCUCUGGCUACCGCGACUGCGGGUUCGCGACGGCGGAGCUCCUGGACAUGUCGGGGACGAAGGAGAUGCUGCGAGUGAUCUUCCAAGCCUUGGACGACAACCUGGACGGCGUCUUGGACUGGUCCGAGUUUCAGGAGAUGUGCGAUGUACUUCAGUUUCAGUUCGACAUCACGAAACGUGAUGCACCGUUGAAGGAAUGCCUGACCGGCACAUCCUUGGGAAGGUGGAUGAAGGAGCUCAUGGAGAACGGCGCAAGAGGCUUGAAUUUAGGCUACGCCUCGCGAUAUCCGGGCUCCGCCAUGGACGUGGUCAUGAACAGCGUGGUCACCGCGAAUGUGAUUUGGGUCGUCUUCGAAUCCAUCAUCGACAUGAACAACAUCAAGGAGCCGGCGUGGGUAGUCAAUGUGGACCUCUCGUUCUCCCUGGUCUACAUGCUUGAGGCUCUCCUGAAGCUGUCCUACUGGUCCUGGGAGGAGUACUGGUUCCAUUCCGACAACAGGUUUGACCUGGUUACCAGCAUCAUCCUGAGUGGCGUGGCUGUUGUCUUCCUGACGGUCCGUCACAUCUCGGUUGAAACGCUUCGCAGUGCCAAUGUGCUACGACUACUCCGAGUCCUGAAGGCUCUGAAGCACGUCAAAACCUACAGGCGCACAAGCAUGAUUGUCAGCAAGCUCUUCACCACGUGUCGCGAGGUUCUGUUGCUGAACGCCUUGGUGGUGUUGCUCUGGGCCUCCAUUGGAGUCGAAAUCUUCGGAGGUCGCUUGGUGCCUUCGAACCCCAGGCUCUCAGAGGACCUGGGAUAUUUCCAGAACCACUACCAGGUGUUGAACUUCAACGACGUUCCGAUGGGGAUGAUGACACUUUUCAUGUGGACCCUGGGCGAAUGGAACGAUGACCUGGCGACUGCCUGCUUGGAGCUGGCUGAACCCCUCUCCAUCGAAAAGGUGGUCAUUUGGAGUUUUCUGCUGUCGUUCUACAUUGCAUCGCCUCUCCUUGCAUACAAUGUUCUGUCAGCUUUCGCAAUCGAUGUCUAUCAGAACAUUGAGAGUAGCGUCUCCCAGGAGGAGGAACACGGCCGAGCCGAAUGCGAGGUCGAGCGGAACCUGUUGAAAAUCCAGGCGGAGCUAGCAGAGGACGGCUGGGUGCUGCACAUUCAGGAGUCUGCUGAUCUCGCGAAGCUCCGCGUGCAUUCGUCUUUGUUCAACGUGGACUAG